CCCAUGGAGGAGCAGAGUUUGCUGGAAUCCUUCGGGAGACUGAGCGUGCAGCCGCCGCCGCCGCCGCCUCGGCCCCCGGCCCCGCCGCCCCCGAGAGGGACUCCCCAGCGCCGGCGCAGCUUCCGCAGGCACCUCUACCUCCUGCGGGGCCUCCCGGGCUCGGGCAAGACCACCCUGGCCAGACAAUUGCAACAUGACUUUCCCAGGGCCCUGAUUUUCAGCACAGAUGAUUUUUUCUUCAGGGAAGAUGGUACCUAUGAAUUCAAUCCUGACUUUCUGGAGGAAGCUCAUGAGUGGAACCAGAAAAGAGCAAGAAAAGCAAUGAAGAAUGGCAUAUCCCCCAUUAUUAUCGAUAAUACCAACCUCCACGCCUGGGAAAUGAAGCCCUAUGCAGUCAUGGCACUUGAAAAUAACUAUGAAGUUAUAUUCCGAGAACCUGACACUCGCUGGAAAUUCAACGUUCAAGAGUUAGCAAGAAGAAACAUUCAUGGAGUCCCAAGAGAAAAAAUUCAGCGCAUGAAAGAACGGUAUGAACAUAAUGUUACAUUUCACAGUGUUCUUCAUGCAGAAAAACGAAGCAGAAUGAACAGAAACCAGGAUAGGAAUAAUGCAUCGUUUUCCAGCAGCACAGGCUACUGGAAUACUUACGCUGAGUUUCCACAGCGGCGGUCACACAGUGGCUUUGCCAAUCAGAGGAACACUAGCAGGCGUGGAGGUUGUCACCAUGGAUAUUAGAGGCAUUUCAGAUUUUCCCAAAUGAGUUUUUACUUCAGUUUUUAUUUAUUCUUUGUCCCAUUUUGUUCAGAGCUCUAAUUCUAGUGUUACGUAGUAGAAUCGGAGUUUUUGGACCAAUCAUUAUAUUCCAUCUUCAAUAAACAUUUGUUCAAGUGAUCAUAUCUGCAUGGUCUGAUGCAGGGAACUCUGUCAAUACAUUAAGUCAAGUUACUUUCCCUAGAAGAAUGUGAAACUGUGAC